ACCAGUAAAGCACACAGGGCUGCGGGAGUACAGAGGGGAAGAAGAGAGAGAGAGAGAACGAACGGAGAAAUAGAAGAGAGGGACAGGGAGGGAGUAGAGAAGACCGUGGAGCCCGCGGCACUGAUGGAACAACAGGAUAUAUAACCGUUCCCUGGACACCGUAUCCCAUGCCUCUCCUCUGUCGGGGCCUCGUCAUUGAUGGGCAACCACUUGGACCGUAUCACUCAUCUCAGCUACAGCGAGCUGCCAACCGGCGAUCCGUCCGGAGUGGAGAAAGAGGAGCUCAGGGUCGGCGUAGCUUACUUCUUCUCCGACGAAGAGGAAGAGGUGGACGACGGAGGAGGAGGAGGAGGAGGAGGAGGAGGUUACCCUUGCGCCAGCCAGGAGAGCCCCGGGCCGGUCAGUGAGCUGGAGUACUCCGCAUUCUGCUCACAGGAAUGCAUCUUCUCCAAGCUCCGCGAAAACCAGGACUUGAACGUGUACUCCACCAAAACAUUGCUCUCCAUGUGCAAGCCAGGGGACCUUGUGGAGCUAGUAUCCACAUCACAGGCACCUCACUGGGCUGUGUACGAGCUCAACGACCAGGUGAUACACCUACACGAGGGGGAGAUACGGAAGGACAGCCUGACUGAGAUAGGACGGGGCCGGCGUGGACGGAUAGUGAACAGCCGCUACCGGUUCCGGCCGCUGCCCGCCAACCUGGUUGUGCAGAACGCCACUGGGCACCUCGGCCUGAACAGCGGGGAGAUCUGCUGGACCAACUCGGAGAGCUUCGCCGCCUGGUGCCGUUUCGGGAAGCGGGAGUUUAAGAAGGGAGGCGAGGCACACUCGGCGGCGCAGCAGUACUUUCUCAAAGUGCACUUUGACGCCGGGACUCGGAGUGGACCCACGCUGGUGUUCCGUAGUCUGGAAGACAUGAUCUGGGAGCGCAGGCGUGUGGACGCCAACGGGAUUCUGAAAGAGAUGUCUUUAGGGGUCAACGGUGGGAAGGAGUGAUUGAUUUUGGAAUUCUAAUUAAAAUG